AUGAGCACCUACAACCCUCCCACACUCCAGAAGCUGGCACUGGAUGGGCUGCUGAGGAAAGAUGCCAUAAACUCCUCCGAUCUGGACUACUUGCCCACAGUGCUUUUCCCACCACUCUUCCUAGAGGCUUUCAAUGGCAGACACACAGAGAUAUUGAAGGCAAUGGUGGCAGCCUGGCCCUUUCCCUGCCUCUCUGUGGGGGCCCUGAUGAAAAGCCCUGAUGUGGAGGUCUUGCAAGCUGUGCUGGAUGGCAUAGAUAUACUGCAGACACAGAAUGCUAGUCCCAGCAGGAAGCUUCAAGUCCUGGACUUGAGAGAUGUGCACCAGGAUUUUUGGGAUGUAUGGGCUGGAAGAAAGGAUGAAGUCUGCUCAGCAAAGACUGGGAAUGAGAAACAAGUUGCAAAGCACAUUCCUAGAUAUGCACUGAGGCAGUGUUUGAAGGUGGUCACUGACCUGAGCCUUGGCUUCUGUCUGCAACAACAUCAAACAUGCUUACUACAAUGGGCCCAGCAGAGAAAAGACUCUUUGAGGCUAUGCUGUCUGAAGAUGAAGAUUUGUCACUUCCCAGUGGAGAUUAUCAGGGAGAUCUUGAAUAUUUUUCAGCCAAACUAUAUGGAGGAAUUGGAAAUAUAUGCAAAGCAGGUCCUAUCCUUUCUAGGGAAAUAA